AUGAGGGUCGUAUCCCAGCUAUUCUCCGUCUCACUCGGCGCUGACACUUUUGCGCGAAUCGGCUUGGACGAGCGGCAGGAGGUGUCCAAUCGUCUCUACAAGACGUUGACGAAAAGGGUCAUUUCGAGCACGAUAGAAAAGCUGGAACCGAUUGCCCAGCUUCGUGAAGUCGCCAUCUUCGACAUCGAAUCGCAUUUCAUCGAGAAAUCACACACAGAAAGGGACCGUUGCAGAGAGUUGGCGGUGAAGCGUGCGCCAGCAGUCAGGGCGGCGAUGGACUGCUUGAGAGAGAGCCCGGCAUUUAAAGGCGACGAUGGCAAAGACAAGGUCGUGGCGUUGGACGGGAGAGUGUUUCCGCCGGUCAAGUGGCAAGAGAUUAUCGACGCGGCCGUCAAAGCUCGUGCGAAAAUGCACGAGUGUGUCCUGUACUACGUCUUCAAGAAGAAACAACUAAAGGGCGCGACCAAGAAGAAGGUUUUCUCCAUCCCGGCUAGGAACAGCACCAACAAGGCCACGAAGAGUCAAGGGAGGUCGUCUGCACUGAAGGACUCCGUCGGCAAUUCCUACGCUGGGGGCCAAGAGUGGAAGGCCCUCACGCUGAACAUGUUUGAUGCCGCCAGAGAAGGCGGGGGUGUGGUGACACAAGACCAGAUGCUGGAAAUGGUGGCGUCCAUAGGAGCGGCCACGCCGUACAGCAUGGCGAACGCGACGGGAGGAGCCAAGCACGCCAACAAGGCGGCAGGUCCAGGGAAAUGGGUCAGAGAGCAUUGUGCCGAUGGAUUCGCAGACGACCCGUUUUACGAAGCCGACGCUCAUGGCGUGGAUCUCCCCGUGUCUAUCCACCAAGGGGUGCACCCGGAAUAUCUCGAGAAGGGAACUGCGGGAUUAUCGACUACUUCAAGAAUCAGCUGUUGUCGAAGUGGCUGCAGUCGACGGAGCUACUCGUGGUGUGCUACGACCGACAGGAACUGGUGCCCGUAA